UGCCACCCCCGCUCCAAAAUCCCCACCUGACGUGAAAAAAAAAAUAAAAAGACUUCAUGUACAGCGUUUUUGUUUCAGAAGAUGCAAAUGCUAGAGUUAGAAAUAGGAAGGCUUUCGGACCAGCCCCACACCCCAGAAAAACACACCGCUUUCAUAAAAGUCGCUCCCGUGUGGUCCACAGAACACCCAAGGCCAAACUGAAUCGAAAGUCCAGAAAGGAAAGUUCACUGAGUAAUAGACAGCUGCUUGCAAAGAGGCCUCCAUCCUCUGCAGUCAGGAGCCUCGUAAAUUCCCCUUCACGAGAGGAUUUUUCAUCUCCGGGAGAACUGAGUCCUCAGAAAAAUCCUUUUCCAGAAUUAUUUGCUCCUUCAGGAACUUACAGAGAAAACACUACUGCAGAGAACACUACUGCCCAAAAUGUUUCUGACGAAAAUAUUUCUACAGGAAACACUACUGUGCCAGAACAAACCCUCCCUGAAUUCACAAACCCUAAGAAUCUUUCCACUGCUAAUUCUACUGUUACUGCAGACAACUCUACGCCGACCGUUAAACAAACCAAUGAUACACAAUGGGAAUACCACAAUGCGGGCACUGGCUUGCCCCCAAAAGCCACAGGCUUCACUGUGUCAAAGCUCUCGUCCUCAGGUGAUCUGUUUGAAAUUCAGUUAAACCAGCAGCUACAGUCCCUCAUCCCCAACAAUGACGCGAGAAGCCUCAUUUCUCAUGUUAUCCGGACUUUGAAAAUGGACUGCUCUGAGACCCACGUGCAGCUGGCCUGUGCCAAGCUCAUCUCCAGAACAGGCCUCCUGAUGAAGCUUCUCAGCGAGCAGCGAGAAGUAAAGGUGUCCAAGGCAGAGUGGGAUACGGACCAAUGGGAAAAUGCGAAUUAUAUCAAUGAGAGCACAGAAGUCCAGAGUGAACAGAGAGGGCAGGAGUCAAGGGAGCUCACAAAAGAAGUUCUAGGCUAUGGCUAUACCAACAAACUCAUCUUGGCAAUAUCUGUGACUGGUAGUUUUGUGACGGUUUUGAUCCUAGUUUUCUGUCUCAUUGAGAUUUGUUAUCAUAGAGCAGCAGUCAAGGAAGGUAAAGAAGGAAGCUCAAGGUAAAUAUUAGUCUGGCAAUCGUUAAAGUAGAAUUUUAGAACUAGAUUUUCAAACUCAUCUAUUUCAAUCCCCUUGUUUUACAGCCAGGAAAUCACCAAAGGCAGAAAGGAUACAUAUUUGGCCUAAUGCUUUGCCUGGAUCCAGCAAAGUUAGCUGCCCAGCCAAACCCGAGUUAGAACGGGACUGGCACAGAGCACCUGCUCACUAGACCUUUAAAGAAAGAUCUUGGGGGGACGGGGGUGGAAAUGUUCAGACCCGUUCCUGCUGGCGGUGGGCAUCGGGCCUGGCCACAGACCUUCUCAGAGGCUCUGGACAAGGGAUAGGGAGGGCCAAAAGUCGUGGGGUGAAGGGGCUAGUCUUCAAGCAUGAUGGAAGGUGGAAUACAUGAGUCCCUCCUAUAAAGUGGGGGGGGGGACUUCCUUCUUCCUCCUUCUGGUUUUCGAGGCCCCGCUCUCCACUCCCUUUAUCCAGACCCAAUAGAAUUUGAACUGGGAGAGGCCUUAGAUAAUCAUUUAUCUCUUCCUUUUAUAAUAAUGAGAUGGAGAAGGAGAAAAGGAAGAUGUCUUGCUGGACGGUUGUAUCACUAGUACCACUAGAACCAGAAAGAAGAUGGUUCCUUUCCAGUUGGGCACGGCUCUGACUACACUGGUCUUGGGCUGUGAACUGCAUUUUAUGUCACAACUCCGUGCACACGUACCGUAUAGACAUAAGUACCUUCUAAAACAAACUUACCAUACACUCUGA